GAAUCGGACAUGAUCACGAGCAGCAGCGUAGAUACAGGGUUUUCAAUCCCACGAUACCCUCAACAUUUGUCGUAUAAUCGGUCCGUUUGCCUCGUCGAGGGUCGAGGUCGAGAUUGAUUUGAACGCUCAUGCGAAGAGAUCACGACGACACACUAGAUCAUCGUUCCGAGCUCGGGGAAGCUUUCGAGAGCUUGAGCGAUGGGGACGGACGCGACGGAGAGUAUCCUGACGGUGCCCAAUCUCUCGCAGAAUGAGAUGCGGUAUCUGAGAAAGGUGACGAGAGGGCCGAACAUGCUGGACUUUCUCCGCAAAGAAAUGCAAAGAGUUCGCGCCGAGGGGAACAGAUACUUCCAGAAGGGCGACUUCUCCGAGGCCAUCGACAAUUACACGCGAUGCAUUCAGAUCGGCCGCGGGUUUCAACUCAGCGGCUCGAAGCGGUGCCGCGCAUUCGGAGACGACAUCAUGACCGUCGCGGCGUCGAACAGAGCGCAGGCCUAUCUCGAGCUCCGGAUGUGGGAGAAGGCUCUGAGCAGCGCGGACGACGCUCUGUACCUCGAUCCGCACCACGUCAAGAGCCUCUUCCGCAAGGGCAAGGCCCUGCAGGGUCUUCAGGAGUACGAGAAAGCGCGCGCGGUCUUCGAAUCGGUUCUGGAGCUCCGCCCCCAGAACGACAGUUGCAAGCAAGCGCUGAAAGAGGUCACCAUCGCUUACCAUCAAUCCGUGACAGGCGAGUACGACCUCCGGGACUACUUUGUCCACGGCGGCGAUCCUCCGCUGUGCAGUGACUUCGUUGGUCCCGUGGAGAUCAGGCGCACCCUCGAUCGUGGACGGGGAUUGUUCUUGACUCAGGGCGUGCAAGCCGGCGAGCUUUUGUUGGUGUCCAAUGCCCUGGGCCUCGGCGGGUCCGAGUCUCUUCUAGAUAGUCCAGACUGUUGGGUGGUGAAUCUGGCCUGCGAUUUUCUGCAACUCUUCGACUCGUCCCAGCGGUACGCGUAUCAGCUUCACUAUCUUCGAGGUACCGAAGAAACGGAUGACGAGAAAGAAGUACCUCCGUUGAAAUUGUACAUCCCUGGAAGCGAUUGGGCUCCCGAUCCCGAUCGCAGACUAAAGCCGCCGAGUUUCAACGUUGCCUACACGAAAGCCAGACUCAACAGUUUCGACGCAUCGCGAAUCGGGGACCCGAAUAGCAGUAGACUUGGUACCAAUCUAAAGCGCAUGAUCGAAGAACACGAAGCGUCGACGUUCCAAAUCUGUGCCGUGUGGGCUCUGCCGUCGUUAAUCAACCACUCCUGCGUUCCCAACUGCUCGACCAACACUGUGGGGAAAGCGAUGUUCGUCCGCGCCGGCCAGAGCAUGCCUGCGGGAACGCAGAUCUCGAUCCCGUACGUGGUGAGCGAAUGUAUGGACCGCUCAAACAGCAUGAAGAUCUGGGAUUUUGAGUGCAGCUGUGAGAAAUGCGUCCUGGACAAACGUGUCGAACCUCUUGUCGCAGAGCUGUACGAAAGGUACAAGGUCCAAAUGAACGAGUUUUAUGGUAUGGACGGAUAUAAAAUCGGGAAGGAGCCCAAUCUGCAGGUCUACAAAAUCGCUAGCGAGCAGGUCGAUCUUGUCGAGGACGCGAUCGCGAAACUACCCUUUGAGCUGAACGACACUGAGAGGAACUGGAUUCGUUUUGCGUUUCAAAGAGCCUACAUCCUACAACUUGUGCAAUGCCCUCACGAUGUGACUCGUCUGGAGAGAAUCGAUUUGGUGAGACGUGUUCUCGCAAUUUACAGCGCGAUCAAUGUCGGAACCUUCGGGCUCAAUAUGUAUCUCUCGGUAGAGUUGCUAAGGGGAAUCGAACAGGAAUACGGCGAAGGCAGCAAGGAAUACCGAAGUGCAAGACGUGUCGUUAGACACAACCUCACCAGAGUGCUGGGACCAGUGGAUGAUGAUUUUCUUCAGGAUUUGCUUGCUGUCAACUUCAAAAAAGAUGAGUAUUCGCCCUUCUAUCGGACGUGAAAGACUUGUCCAUCAGGCGUGAUUCAACGAACUGGCAUUUUGGUCACGUGUUAGAGGUUGGCAACCCCCAGAACGUUCUCUGGUUUGUUCCAGAAGUGCACCCAACAGUUCCCUCGAUGCGACUCUCGGAUGCGGCAGCAAGCACGGACCGAGUGAAGUAUUUGCGAUGGGUUCCAAAUGCUGUGGUAUGAUAGUGCGUCAGAUUUCAUGAUCAGGAAAUCGAGUUAUCAGGUAAUGUUAUCCUUAAACCUCACCAGCACGGCUAUGGCAGAUAUUGAUAGACAGGAAUCCAGUCGAGGUAAGCAUAUUUUUCUCUUGAUUUUCGUUUUACUCGAUGAUUACUUUGUCUUGCAAAUUUGUUGUAGGUCAGAUCUACUUUCUCCGGGUGAGUUGGCUGUGCAGGUGUAGCGGGAAGAAAGAUCAACACGAGAGAGCUCCAUUGAUGAUCUCUUCAAGGAAAAAUGAUCUAACUCUUGAUCAUAGUUGAGUGAAAUUGAUCAGUCUUAGAUAGAAGUGUAUUGUCUCGUACGCCGAUGUCUGUGCAGGUUCGUCAUGGAGGAUUUGCACUGAGACAAAAUCGCGUACGCUGGAGUAAUCAACCGAUCAAUCAGCCGACAAAACUCCUCUCAGCUAAAAUCUGCCUCACUAAAGCGCAUUUGCCAGUUGAUUUGAAUUCGCUGACAUGUCAUCAAUGAGGCACGUCCCUGUAUUCCGCGUCUCUAGCUGUUUUACGAACGAGAGUUCGGGAUAAUCGACCAAGCCUUGAAGAAGUCCAUGAUAGCUAAGGCGAGAAGGUCACCAUCUUAACAGGCUGACCUUUCACUUUUUCAGGAAAAUCACGAUCGACCGGCUUCAAGAGAUAAUGCGACCCUGUCUCUUCGCUGCAUAUAAGAAGAGAAAUACCGACAUGAAAUAUUUCGUUGAACAGUACAUUUGAAAACUUACUCUAUGGACAUUAAGCCCGAGUUCUGUAAAACAUUUGAUGAAGACAUACACACCAAUUCAUUUAUCAGAUUUUAAUGUCAGAAUUCAUUCAUCCCGCUCUAUCUAGAUCACCGUAUGUAGGUCGUUGUCGAUGUUUGUUCAGGCCUUUGAAAAGUUCCUGCGACUGUAACCUCAGAAAACAUGAACAAUUCAAUCUACUGAAGAGCUGAAAUAGUUUGAGGACAGCUCAUGUUCUGCGUAACAUGCCCUUGCUCAAAAUGUAAAUUCAAAUAGUUUAGAUUGUACACACAAUGAUCGUUUUGCGAAUCGUCGUGGCCCUCCUCAGUUUAGGAGAUCACUACAAUUCUCUUUUGAAAAAAUUCCAGAGGCAUGAACCACCAUUCUUAAGCCUCAGUGAGAACCAUGGGAGGUGAUGGAUAUGUGGAGUCCGGGAUAACGUCUUGUCUCAUGGCCUCCUGCCGAUCUUCGUAUAUUGUCCGAUGCUGACCUUAGUCCCAUGAGAUGCCUUUCUGCGAAAAGCGCAAGAUUGCUUCAUGAACUCGCACAAGUUCGAGAUUUUUGCCUCAUGCAGCGCGACUUAGAAACAGCAAAAUGGCUAG